AUGAAGCACGUCGAUGUCACUGGAACACGAGACAUGGGAUCCGCACCUUUACCAACAAUUCUGCGGGUAUUAAUACCAUACGCUAGCAACAUUAACAACAACAUCACUGCUUAUAAUGGCGGUAUCCUUCCGACGCCUCGGCCAUCGUUGACGGCAAAUUUGUUGGGAGGCUCCACUGGUAGUAGUAACGGUAACAGCAACAGCGGUAGCUCCUCAAACAGUUGUUUGCUAGUGAAGCCGACGUUGGACCCGUCUCUAGUCCGUUUGUGUCCAGAGGAAUGCUGGGUGCCUGACGCGCAGGUGGUGACGUGCAUGGGGCACGGAUGUGACGUUUCCUUCUCACUGUUUAACAGGAAGCAUCACUGCCGUCUCUGUGGGCGCCUCUUCUGUGCAGCGUGUUGUUCGCACGCCAUCACGCUCCGCAAUCACCACAGUACCCCGCGCGCGUAUCGCACCUCCUCUUGGACGGAGGGUGUGGAGUUCACUGCGUCCCCCCUAGCUGGGCUGAAUCUCGCCGGUGACACACCUGCGGGAGGGGACCCCAGCAGUUCGGGCUCUUUCCGCCUGUGCCAGUCUUAUUCCCGACCUCCUUCACCAUUGCUAGGGGCAUCACCCACGACGCAUCGUAUUUGCUCUGCGUGCUACUACGAAAUCCAGCUUGUUGUGCCGCGUCGUGAUGGGAGUGGAGAGGUGCGGCGGAGGUGCCGUGGCGAACUAAAAAUGUGUCAGUGGUCGCUUCUUGUCAGGGUGCUCUCGUACUUGAGCAUGCAUGACCUGCUGGAGGCCUCGCGUGUGUCCGCUGACUUUUACUUCAUGUCGAGAGACAACGUGAUUUGGUACCAGUAUAAUAUGACCCAGCGACAACAGGAGGAGAUGCAGCUGAGGAUCCCAAUGAGGCAGCAGAGUUCCACACUUUCGCUCCGCAUGCGCUUUCUUCAGCGGCAGAAGGAACCUCUGCAGACGUUUAGGACCGACUUUGGCAACGCGUUUUUGACUGACGCCUCAGAGCGUGUCAUUUCGCUGCAUGCGCGGUACAACUUUACUCAGUUUCUGGACUUUGUUCGCCGAAAGGAGAUGGCGCGAUGUCGCGGGCUCUCCUCCUUCUCCGCCGCUGCCCGCACUCUUUUUUCUAGCCCUCUGAAGAUUGCCAUCAUUGGCUCCGCGGGCGUUGGAAAAACACUUUUGGUGAGACACUUUGUUGGGUCGCAGGAGAGUGGCGGGAAACUGCUGCCGACGACGGGGUUUGUGCGCUACGAGAAGAUGGUGCGCCUGACGGGCAGUGCGACGGCGCACGUUAUGCUUCACAUCUACGACACGUCGGGCGAACCACGAUUUGAGGAGCUGCGGCGGUUUAUUUGUUCUAACUGCCACGCGGUAGGUCUCUGUUACGACCCGUGCCGCAAAGUUACCCUUGUGGAGGCGGCGGAUGUGAUGAUGGGGGUUGAGGGCGCCCUUGGACCGCAGCCCGUCGUGGUGUGCGGUAUCCUGCGUCCUGCCGAGUCUGUGACGCGAGAGACGGACGUGCCGGAGGUGACGAACGUUGACGCGAGUGGCGUCACCGUGCGGGGACGAGGCACCCUGCAGUGCACGUGGAACAACUGUAACGCUUUUUUUCAGCAACUGGUGCAGUCGCUACUAGAUCGCCUCGCCAUGGCGACAGCACCGCAGUCGGUUGUCACGGCAGCAUCCACCACACGUUCGGCGAACGAUGAAAAGGAGGCCCUCAUGAAUCGCAGCGUUGCGCAGGAGUUGCUACGAAUUGCUCUGGAUCCCUCACCCAUUGACGUGCUGAUGGACAAGAAUUAG